AUGUCAAAUCAUGCUCGGCAGUCGAAUCGGUCUCUGGACCCUAUUCCAUCUCAGACUCCGCAGGAUGACCGACUUGAGACUGGAGGUGCACAGCUCUCAACUGCUACUGCACCCCUGGAUCAUGUCGGGACAGGUCGUCUCAAGGAGAAGGAACUGUUAAAUAAUGGAGAAACUUCCAACCGGGAUUAUGCAACCGGGCUGCGCAUUCUGGAACUCGAAGGUCUGUCAACUGACAGGCUUCGGCAAGCAGAGAAUACCACAUCCCAGCUCGUCCUGGCUACAAACCAGAUGGCAGCCUCCUCGUCCAAGGUCCUCUCGCAGAUAGAUGGGACCAAGCCUCGUCGCCAUUUCGAUCUCGAGCAACUGCGCCGCGAGCUCGACGUGCUGGAGCAGAGUCACUCUCUGCUGGAUGAGGAGGUUCAAGAUCUAGAAGAUCUCGCUGAUGAGUGUCGCUCCGUGCUGAUUGUGUGCGAGGAAGAGCGGAACAAGUUGUUUCAGUUCAUUUUGAAGUUGGAACGGCUGGACGCGAUGAACGCAAACGUCGGUAUUGACGACCUGCAUAGCCGACUCCAGGUCAGGCAGAAAUCGAGCCCCGAAAGUUCGACGAUUGCUGCAUCCACAGUUCUCCGAGCCAAGAGGCGACGUCUUGCUUAA